UGUAUCUUGCUGGGGAGUUGAGAGGUUAUAAAAUGAAGGAACUUACUGUAACCGGGACGCAUUCUGUAGUUAGAGUUCCCUUUGCGAACUCCCAUACAGAAACUAAAGUCAGUCCAAUGCUUUAAUCACUGUCCAACACACAGAGAGAAAUAUCGCUGUCGAUUUCCUCUCGCUUUCAAGCUGAAAACGUUUCAUCAAGUCGCCGGGUAGAGACAGCCGAGCCAUGGCAGGGGACGGGUCGGACCAGCGGGCGCUGCAGUAUGAACAAACUCUGAUGUAUGGGCGCUACACCCAGGAGCUCGGGGUGUACGCCAAAGAGGAGGCCGCUCGGCUGAGGGAGAGUGGGCAGAGACGAUCUGUCAGCCGGACCCUCGACCUGCUGGAGUACGACAAGGGACGCUGUGCAAAGUGUCGCAGGUCAGGGUACCCGUAUGUUCUGGAAGCUCCACCCCAGGACUUUAUCUCUGUCUGCACGGUUCGCUGUCAGAAGUUCCUGAUCUCACGGGUCGGGGAGGACUGGAUCUUCCUCAUCCUGCUGGGACUCCUCAUGGCCCUGGUCAGCUGGGUGAUGGACUUCUGCAUCGCCAUCUGUCUACAAGCACAGAAGUGGAUGUACGGUGGUCUGGACAGUAACGUGUUUCUGCAGUAUCUGGCCUGGGUCACCUACCCCGUAGUCCUCAUCACCUUCUCAGCUGGCUUCACCCAGAUUCUUGCCCCCCAGGCUGUUGGUUCAGGUAUUCCAGAGAUGAAGACCAUCCUGCGAGGAGUUGUGCUGAAGGAAUACCUCACGUUCAAAACUUUUGUGGCCAAAGUCAUUGGCCUCACCUGUGCUUUGGGCAGCGGCAUGCCCCUGGGCAAGGAGGGUCCGUUCGUACACAUCGCCAGUUUGUGUGCUGCUCUCCUCAGCAAGUUCAUGUCUCUGUUUGGAGGAAUCUAUGAGAAUGAGUCGAGAAACAUUGAGAUGUUGGCAGCGGCCUGUGCUGUGGGAGUGGGCUGCUGUUUUGCUGCCCCUAUAGGAGGUGUGUUGUUCAGUAUUGAAGUAACAUCCACAUUCUUUGCGGUGAGGAACUAUUGGAGAGGUUUCUUUGCUGCUACCUUCAGUGCCUUCAUCUUCAGAGUACUGGCUGUGUGGAACAGAGAUGAAGAGACCAUCACAGCCCUUUUUAAAACCAGUUUCCGGCUAGACUUUCCGUUUGACCUCCAGGAGCUUCCUGCCUUCGCUGUCAUUGGUAUUGCCAAUGGAUUUGGUGGGGCUUUGUUUGUCUACCUGAACCGACUGAUUGUCCAGUUCAUGAGAAAACAGAAGGCCAUCAACAGAUUCCUCAUGAAAAAACGUCUGCUGUAUCCAGCACUGGUCACUUUACUUAUUUCUACACUCACAUUUCCCCCUGGCUUUGGACAAUUUAUGGCUGGAAAGCUGACCCAGAAGGAGUCUCUGGUGACAUUACUGGACAACCGGACGUGGGCGAAACAGGGCAUCGCUGAGGAGUUCGACUACAUCGGACACUCUGAAGCCUGGAAACAUCCGCAGGUCAACGUCUUCGUCACCCUGGUCCUCUUUAUUGUCAUGAAGUUCUGGAUGUCUGCCCUGGCCACCACCAUUCCAGUGCCCUGCGGAGCCUUCAUGCCAGUAUUUGUCAUUGGGGCAGCUUUUGGUCGUCUGGUUGGAGAAAGCAUGGCAGCCUGGUUCCCAGAUGGCAUUCACACAGAUGGCACCAUCUACCCCAUAGUGCCAGGAGGCUACGCUGUCGUGGGUGCGGCGGCCUUAUCAGGUGCAGUCACCCACACGGUUUCCACCGCAGUCAUCGUGUUCGAGCUGACUGGCCAGAUCUCUCACAUCCUGCCGGUGAUGAUAGCAGUGAUCCUGGCCAACGCCGUGGCACAGUCCCUGCAGCCCUCUCUCUAUGACUCAAUCAUCAGGAUCAAGAAGCUGCCCUACCUCCCAGAGCUGGGCUGGGGACACCACGAGAAGUAUAAUAUUCGUGUGGAGGACAUCAUGGUGCGGGACGUGCGGUACAUCACACUCAACUGCAGCUACAGAGACCUGCAUAAUGUGCUACUGACGGGUCACCUCAAGACUCUGGCACUAGUGGAAUCAACUGAGUCCAUGAUCCUGUUGGGCUCCAUCGAGCGCGCCCAGCUCCAGGCGCUGCUCUCCCUGCAGCUCGGCCGCCCCAGACGACUAGAGUACAUCAGGGAACGAGCCGUCGAGGAUAAGAAACGCCUGUCGGUCGUGUCAAACGACAGCAGCGAGAACAGCAGCCACCGGGCCAGUCAGGAGGUCCGCUUUCAGAUCUCUACUGAGGACUCAUCCUUAAGCCCUACUCGUCCAGUCCCUCUGAAGCCCCUCAAACCUGCACUGAAGAGAUCCUCCGUGGUGGAGCGAUCCACCGAGAUCCCCACCGGUCCACAUGAUCAUUCGGGCAUUGCUUUAAAGAACCUGUUCUGCGCCAGUCCAGACACAGAAGCCCUGGAGAAAAACAACAACAUGGAGAACCCCAUGUCUCCAGAGCUCAGGAGGCCGCCCAAACGAGUCCGGAUAUCCGUAGUGGAGCCACCACCCAACUUAAAGAGUUACUUUGGGGACGACGUAGAUGUGGAGGAUGACAUGACAAUUAGAGAGAUUACAGAGUGGGAGGAGAAGCAGCUUGAUGAGCAGGUCAAUUUCAACAACUGCAAGAUUGACCCCGCCCCAUUCCAGCUGGUGGAGCGCACAUCGCUGCAUAAGACCCACACAAUUUUCUCCCUGCUGGGCCUCGACCAUGCCUUUGUCACCAGCAUUGGACGCCUCAUUGGGGUGGUUUCCCUUAAAGAGCUUCGCAAGGCCAUUGAGGGCUCUGUGACAGUGAAGGGUGCGAAGGUGCGUCCUCCUCUGGCCAGCUUCCGGGACAGCGGUACUAGCAGCAGCGAGAAUGAAGCCACCGAGCUCCACAAGCUGUGGGACCGCCACAAGAGCAUGCCGCUGCCCCGCGAGCACACCCCCUCUGAAUCCGAUGAGAAAUCCCAGUGAGGGAAAGUAGAGGAGGAGGAGGAAGACGAAGAGCAGGUAGAGGAGGAGGAGGAGGCAUUGAGAUCUUUAAUCUCACAAAGCCACAAAAAUGCAAAAAUCCUCAGGGCUUAGGAUCAAUAUUUAAUUAUGGAAAGAGUCUUACUGCUAGCCUCUUCAUAACUCCUCAUUUCUCUCCUCAUCUACUCCUCUUUCUCUCAACCAUCCACUUUGCUUCAUGGACUCACCAGUGCUCACUCCAGGAGUCAUGCACUGACCAAGCCAGACACUCCACGGGAGAGAGGAAAUCAACUCAACCUGUGCCAAUCUUUCCAUUUACCUUCGGGAACCCACAGCAGAGCGAAUGUGGAUAGGGGUUGGGGGACUCAUGUUGGUUGAUUCCAACAAGGUACUGGGAAUAAGUUGAGAUCUUUAAAAAGGGAUUUCUUUUAGCAGACUUUGUUUAGCUUGUGUAUCUUUAGAGUUGAGUUCAAAGUUUGGACCUGCAAAAGUUUUCUUUUGAACAAGUCUUCCACUUGAGUAGAGAAAUUAAGCAAUGAUGACAAGGAAGAAUAAUGUGUGUAUGUACUGUACUUCAAGUGUGAGUGUAUGAAUAUAAGAAAAUGUCAGUGUGCAUGAAGAGGGAGGUAGCGAACGACUUAUUUCUUAUAGAAUUUUUGUAUUGCCUUUAGAACACAUUUAUUCUUUGUUUUCCAGCUUGAUUAAUAUAAUUUCUGACUGAUCAGGUGGUCUGGGUUUAACUGGAAUUUGCCAUGGAACAAUUUUUUGUAAAUUAAUCUACAGUUUGUCCCAUUGACGAGCACUGGACUAAGGGGACUGGUGUUUUAGUCUGCUGUUUCUUCUUGUUUCCAUUUUACCUCUUUUCCUUCUCAUCUCUUCACUGUAAGUCUUAAUGGUCAGGUUGAGAGUACAGUCUAUGCAAGCAGACAUGCCUGUUGGCAGUGGUGGAAGCACCUGUAGCCCAUUUCAUAAUGUACACUCCUUUCAUAUUGUAGCUACGGCCUUACAUUACAAAGACACAUAGAAACGCACAAAAAAGAUUGCGGUGAUGCACUCCGAGAGACGUAGUUUUCUGUUUAUCUAAAUAUAGCUCUUAAUAACCGUUCCAGAGAAGGUUGGGGCGGAUGGAGAGGGCAGGAAGCGAGGGAGGGAGGAAGAACAGGGAGCAAAUGGAUGGCUGAAAGAAUGAAGACAUCAUUACCUAACCAGCUGCUCCGGGCCCUCUCAUCAAUCUGCCUUUGAUCGCCGUGUUAGCUAACCUCCAUUACUAUCAGAGACACAGACACCCCCCCACCAGCUAUAUGAUGUAAUUGUACAGGGCUCAGACAGACACUGCUCUCAACAUAUACAGCAGCAGAUGUAUGUGAGCAGAAUCAGCUUGAUUAAUGCAGAAAAAUAGCUUAAGUGAAGCGAAGCAUGAUCCAGUGAGAUUAAAAUCACUAAGGGAAAUCUAUAACUGACCAAUAGUGAGUGGACGCAGAUGUAGUUUAACCUUUUUAAAAUGUACCUCGUUUACCACUAUAAGUCCAAAUCAUGACAAGAUUAUCGCUCCAGCUACUAGCCCAACGUAGUUGACUGAUUGAAUCUGGAACUGGAGCCAUGAAUGAUUAUGGCAGCAUGGUUUCUGAUUCAGCAAGCAGUCUGACAUGACGGAUAAUGUAUAAGUACAGUGUAUUUAAUAAUUCAUGUCUACCAUAAUGCUUGAGGCUUGUCAGUGCACUCUCUGCUCCUUGACAGAAAAACAUUGAUUUGUUUUUUGCUUGUCCUCCACCCCUUCAUCUUUUCCACUACUGACCCCAGAUACGUCCUUUAAGACACACUCCUUUUUAUUUAAUUUUUAUCUUUAAUGUAUUUUUUUGGACUAGGCAACGAUAUCCACUACGACCUACAGAAUCUGCUCUACUGUUUGGAUGCCUCAUACCCAACUUCAUUGUGGUUUUUAGCAUUUGACGCAUUAGAUGGAUUUUAUUUUUGGUGGUGUCUUGUGUUAAUGCGCGUCACUGAGUAAAGUAAAAUACACACAGUAAAACAGCACGGCUUGGCAUGACAUAGCGCAUGUGAGAUUUGUUUUAGAACUCAAAUGUACCAAAAACAAAAGCUUGAUGGAAAUGAAUAUGGGACUAUUGAAUUAUGUUGUCUUGGUUUGCCAUCUUGUGCCUGUAUGUUAUGUGUCUUUACAGCAUCUUAUUUUAUACGUAUUGAGUCAGAUUAUUUCACUUUGAUAGGCAUGUUCCAUUCACCCAUUGAGCUUUAUUUAUCGCUGAUUUUAAACUGGGGAUGAUCUCUUUGCAAAGUAAUAUUUACAGAUUAAUAUAUUUAACAUCACUCCUGUAAUUUAAAAUCUUUAAUAAAAAUGUAAUGUCUUAACCAAACUUAAAUCUUUGACUAAUCUCUAUUUGAAAGAGAUUUGGGGAGCUUGUUUUAUAUUGUUUUUAUUCUCACAUUUGACUGAUUUUUUCACAAAGAGAUUGAUUUUAAUGCUGUCCUUUAUGGGUUUCUUAUCUGUUGACAUGUGGUCUGUAACAUUUCUACUAAGACAUGUAUUUUUAAAGUGCAAAAAACACUAAAGGGGUGAAGGCUUGCAAUGGCUGCCGGAUAGCGAAAAAAAUGUUAUUGUGAAGCCAAGGGAAGUUACUGUUGAAGGAACCUGCAUGUGGUCUGUUGGUGACAUGUUCAUUCCACAAGUGCCUGCAUCUACUCCUCUUCUUCAUCAACAGGAAUAAGCAAUCCACUAAUGUUUGGGUCUGGUUUUCUAGUCAUACGCAGGUAGACGAGGCAAUUUUCACACACAAAUAUGUAAGCGGGGUGGAUGAUGUGUCGGCGGGCUGUGUAAAUGUCACCAUGGCAACCUGUCGUUGUCGUCAGUGCCCCCCACAUCUGUUACCCCAGAGACUGACAGAGAUCCACUAGUCUGAUUUGGUUCUGUUCAUUUAUUUGCGCUUUUCAUCGAUUUUCAUUAUUCUGCCUUCUGCCAGAGCCUUCCCCUCUGCAAACAUUUCAGAAUCUUUCAUCUCAUUUGCUACCAGACAGAUAUAGACCCAGGUAGAUGCAUAUUUAUUUGUCUGUAUUAAUCAAAGUAGAAGAUGUAAAAAAAGAAAUAGUUUUUCAUUCUUUUUAUUGAUGAUCUUGUAGGUAAUCAAUUUGUGCAAUAACUGUUGUUCUUCUCAUUUUGUAAUCCAGUUUUAAUUGAUGACAUGAAUGCAAGAUAACCUUAUUUUUGUAAAGAAACCUGAAAAGUGUAAAAAGAUGUAUGUAUAUGAGGAGAACUGACGCUCACACAGGAGCUUGUGUGGGAUGAAGUGAUAUUUCAGUGACUCAGGGAAAGUUUCCCAAAAGCCUAAAUAAGAGCUGUCAGAAUCUCACUAGAAUCAGCAUUAAGAUAUUUAAGGACAGCCUUUGUUCAAGAAGAGAAGUGGCUUAGACUCUUUAUUUUGGCUUUUGGAAACCUUCCCCGUCUCGUCUUAAAAGGCUCUGUGGUGAAUCUGCUGCAUGAACUGUAGCCGGCACUCUCAGCUCCCACCAUCACCAUGUUGAGGGUUAUCUUGUAUGCACUCCAUGGGCUUAGGGAAUGUACAUUGUACUGGAGUCCCUCCACUACAGCAAACCCCAAGGGCCAAACCAGAUGGAGCUGAACAAAAUCCAGAGCUAUUUUUCACACCGAAAAAUGAAACAGUGUUUUGUAUAUCAGGGAUGAAUAAAUGAGAUUUUAACAAUUA